UCGCGAAGAGCUCACUCGUAUAAUACAUUUUCUUUUCCUAUUUAAUGCACGACACUCUGGUCUUUUUUUCGCAAGUUUCACAGACCGACGUUAAAUAAAAGUACGGGGCUUCAUGGUCGAUUACAAAAUGUUCAGCGGAAUGAAGCGGCCGCUAAAGGGACGGAUCCGAAUACCGGGGAAAUAUCAAAUCUUAUUAUAACCGUUUUCCAGUUGACCGUAAAAUUUGGUUUAGCAUGUUAUUCUGCCGGACCCUCCAAUUACACCGUAUGGCAACUCGCGAGUGGACAAAGACAAAGUACAAACGUGUGCGCGGUGCAUUUUUCGGUGGCGUAGCGCUACGAGCUACCGUAUUUUUGUGCUGCGACCAAGCGGGAGAGAGCUUGUAUCGCGGCCUCGGAUCUUCGCUGGUAAAAAGCCCGCUUUUCUUCGUAAAUUAAAGGCCCGCGGCUAUUUUCGGUGGCGGAUGUGACGUUGCAGCCUUCGGAAGUGGCCCUUUUUGUCGAAGCCGCAGUUCGGACCCGCGGCCGGCCACUUAAUGACCGGUACGCUGCCCCUUGUUCGUGUAUUCAGAGGGAUGGCGCGGUUCAAGAAUGUGCGAACUGUACCGUUCCAAAUGCAAUGGCAUCGCGAUGGUUACGUUGCUCUCGUGGAAGGUUGCUUAGCCGUUAUGGAUGUUGCCGUUGCUCCUCGAGGAGGUGGACUUUCAACUAUCCUGUGGGCACUCAUAAAGUCCGAUACAUUGUGCGCCGAGAGUUAUAUUCGUCAUGGUUGUAACCGUCGACGGCGGUGGACACGCGAUCGGCGAAAGGAUCGAUGUCCUGCGACGUCUACGAUCGCCCGGUAGCGGCACGUGACGCCCGAGCUCGUGUUUCCUCACCGGAAUUCCCGCGUCAGAAGAGGACCCGGGCUCUCUCAUUGCCGGCGCACCGGAUGCGACCCGCUCUAUCAGAUCCAGCUUGAUCCAGCAGCUCUUACGAAGCCGACGAAAUUCUUGGUUAAUUAGAUCGUAUUCAGCGGAGCGUAUGUGUUUCAGACAGUCUGUAAUAUCUCGUUUCGGUUACCUCCCGACAGUGAUUCCCAUAUUUCAGCCAAGUUAGUUUCGUAAAAUAAUAAUUUCGUUAUAUACAUGUUACAUAUGCGUUUCUGAUAAAAGAACUUUUACAAAAUUCUCUAUCACAUAUUUUAUCACGAAUGUAUUAUAUACGAACCAUUUUUCAAAAAGAUUUUAUCUAGUUUUUGUUAUUGGGUUAUAUUUUAUAUACAUGUAAUUAUUAAGUAAAAGUGUUGUGUGUAAUAAUGAAAUUUUAAAUAUA